AUGAAAGAGAUCGCUGGAUUUAGAAUUAUCAACGGACUUCGAAAUUGCUCUCAGUGUCGAUCUCAAUUUUCAAUAAUUCCAAUUUCUUUAGGCACGGCUCGUUCUGCAUGGGAAUACGGUGGUCAAAAAUGCUCUGCUUGUUCACGAAUAUAUGUGCCAAAAAGUCGAUGGGAAGAAAUUUUCAAGAAGAUUUCUGACAUACACAAGCAGAUUAAGCUGGGUGACGUAAGAGAUGGCUCUAUUUUCUUCUCUGCGGUCAUUGAUGAGAGAUCUUUCAAAAAUAUCAAAGGAUAUAUUGAUCACGCCAGGAGUGGUGCAUUUGGUGCGGAAAUUCUUCUUGGUGGAAACUGCGAUGACAGCAAGGGAUAUUUUAUCGAUGCUACACUCAUAAAAGUCGCAAAUGUGAAGAGCGAGCUCAUCCGCGAGGAAAUUUUCGGACCGAUUCUUACUGCCUACGUGUACGAAGAUAAUGAGGUUGAUGCACUCCUUAGGUCUAUAAAGGAUCAUACUCCGUUUGGGCUUACUGGUGCCGUAUUUUCAGAGGACAAGGACUUCCUAUAUCAGUAA